CAUCAGCAGCAGCAACAACAACAAAACGAUUUGCACAUUUCGCUCUCCGAGGAGCGACAAUUGUCGCUGCCAAUGACGCUCAGCAGCAGCGGCGAGGAUCAUCUGCUGACCGCACGCGCCGACGACGAGCACUUCAAGACCCUGGACUUUGGCCAGUGCCACGACAAUCGCGCCUUUCAGCACCCGAACAAUAAUAACAACAACAAGAAGAAGCAGCUGCUGCCACGACCCGGCGGCAGCGGCAAGAGCCAGAGACGGCACGAGCACAGCGCAUCCCAUAACGCUGUGGCCGUUGCCCUGGAUGCCCUGGAGGUGGUCAUUGUGCAUACACCGAGUGCCCGGCUCAGCAAUGGGCCGGCCGCGUCACUGGCCUUCCAGGCCGACCAGGAGCACAGGCACAGUCACAGUCAUGGUCGCGGGCGCGGCGGCUGCUGUCAGCGACGCAAGCGGCACAAUGCGACGCAGACGUCCGUGGAGCGCUGCUGCUGUGCCGCCGGCGGCUGUCAUUGCCAUGUGACGACCACGCAUCAUCAUCAUUGCCAUCACCAUUGCCAUCAUCAUCAUCAUCAUCAAUAUGACAGCGCCAGGCGUCGCCAGCGGCAACAUCGCCAGCAUCAGCAGCAGCAGCAUCUGGUUGAUGCGCCGCGUCACAAGUUGCAUUCCAAGCCGAGUCCGCUUCCAGCCAAGCACAACAAGUCUUCCCUGGACUCUAGCGAGGAUCCGCAACGUCCGCAGCUGCAUUCGGCGGCAAUUGCCAUUGAAAUUGAUGCGGCCACCGUGACCGAGAACAACAGCAGCACAGCCACAUCCAAUUUCCCGUACAAGGUGGCCAGCGAGGGCGGCGGCGCGCCCAUGAAUCUGUUGCCGCUCUGCGAGAAGCAUCGCCAGCGACGACGCGCCUCCCUCAACUCCAAUACGACCAUUGAAACGGAUGAGCUAUCGCGCGACGAAGAGGUAGACGAGGAUGAUGAUGAUGAUGAUGACGAGGACGAUGACGAUGUGCGUCUGGGUGUGCAGCCCGAAGAUGAGGAGCAUCUGACGCCGUCAACGUGCGCCGUGCCGCCCAGCAGCAGCUCGAGCAGCACGGCGCGCGCCUUUGCCGGCGCUGCGCCGCCGCGGAACGAGUGCGUCCGGAUUAAACGCAAGCGUUUCGUGCCCGAUGCCAUGCAGGAUUAUUGCAGCAGCUGCUCGCGCUGCUCCAGCUGCAGCUGCGACCAGGCGCGCACCAGCUCCUGCAGCAGCCUGGACGAGGAUCUGGCACACGAGCUGACCGUCGCCGCCGACUGUCAUCGCUGCAUGACCGAGCAGCAGGCGGGCACCAACAGUCGACCCGGCAGCAGCCUGAAGAGCUUCUGCUCCUGCCACACGAACAGCUGCUGCUGUGGCGUCGACGGCGACGACGACGAUGCCGUCCACUUUGCUGGCGAUGAGGAGGAGUUUGAUGUCGAGGACGACGACGAUGAUGAGACAACGGGUCAGCGCGAAUCGUUUUGCACGGCCGCGGAUCACACAAUUGUGAGCACGCCGACGCACAGCAGCACCUUGACGCCGCUGAGCACACAGCAGGAGCAGACAAUGGCCGAGCAGGAUCUGAAUGCCAUAACCGAUGCGGAUGCCUCGUCGCUAAGCCAAUCAGCCGAAUACUUUUCACUUUCCUCCGCAGUGGGCGGCACAGUCGGCAGAGGAGCCGAGGAGCAGGCCGCAGGCAGCAGCUGCAGCGGCAACAACAAUGCCAACAAGCCGUGGAGCAAGCAUAUACGGCUCAAACGGAGCUCCUCGUCGAUGGACUCGCAUUUAUGACGAAGCGUCUCGCUGGUCGCCUGGCCAGCCAUCGAUGUCAACGCCCUGCUGCAGCAGACCAUACGCAAGACCGCCGCGGUGCUGCAGGAGACGCCAGUCAAGCGUCGCAUGCCGCUCACGCCGCCCCAGCUGCCACGUCCAACUCCUCCGGCGCCGGGCAGCAACGACAGCUCCUCGGCCACCCUCACGCCCAGCAUCAUCAGCGUCAAGCAGCCAACCGCUGUGACCACACGCAACGGCAUCACCAAUACGACAACUCUGCCGGCUGUGCGAACAUUGCGCGGCGGCAAGUACUCGCCGGUGGCUGAUCCGCUGCAGCGACGCUCCCAGGAGAUCAUACUCUAG